CCUUCCAUUAGCUUUAACUCAGGCGAAGCCAAGUUUCAGAGAAAUAUCAACAGACACACAUUGGUGACACUAUUAGCAUUAGCAUGGUUAGCUCACCCAAACUGGAACAGCUUCUCAUCUUGUUGCCACAACAGGACAGUCUAGUUCCUCAUUGGGCAUCCUGGGCAUCCUGCCCAGUGACAAGUUUCCAGUUCAGUUUUGUUUUUCACUAUUUUGGCUACAGGUGGCUUCCUUCCAAAACAUCCAGUCUUUAGGUACAUUAUCACCCUCUACUGUGCUUCAGCGUGCACCAGAGUGUCUAAACUGCAUUCUUGUGUAUAAUCCUAUUUUCUGUGAAGCUGUGAAAGGGAGAUUAUAAGGUAACACAGAGGAGCUCAACUAAGCUCUACAACCUUACUAACAAUAAUUAAUAGAGAAAUUAAAACCUUAUGGCAAUAUUAAAAGAAUGAAAGAAAGGAAACUGCUAUGUCUUCAAUCCCUUUAUGUCACGGCUUAACAUUGAAGACAUGAAGAAGUUUCAUUCUUGUUGUUAACAUCCUCUGUUGAUCAGUCACUAGUUUUCCAACUGCCAUGUUCUAACCUACCCAUCAUUCCCUGGGCUACCGUUACUAUAGCAACUCUGAACAUUCCAAGUACAUAACAGAAAUGAUCGAAACACAAAUGAAAAUCAAACAGCCCCAAACACCUGAGGAUCAUGACAGCAUGGGCUCAUACUGUAAGGAGGAUUAGCAUUUGCACGAAGAAAAUGAAUCUCGAGUGUAUGACCUGUUUCUAAGAGGGGAAAAAAUGCACCACGACCGGAGGGGAGUUUGAAAAUGGCUUUCCCAAAGCUGACUGGGUUAGUCCUGGUGACCCUGCUGCUGUACAGUGGUUGUCAGUCGCAGCCGUUUGAAUGUGGCCGUCUGACGACCAACACUCGAAUUAUUGGGGGUUUAGAUGCAUAUCUUGGGACGUGGCCAUGGCAGGCAAGUUUGCAUCAGAAUGGUUUUGCAUUCUGUGGAGGAUCGCUGAUCAGCCAUCAAUGGGUCCUGACUGCUGCUCACUGUGUAACAUGGUAUGACCUUUUCGUCACAGAAGUCCAGCUGGGUACUGUAGAACUGGAUGCUGUCAGCCCCCACCGGGUGAAUCUAAGACUUGCUCAAAUCAUCUGCCAUCCUGCGUACGACUCUGAGACAUUUAACAAUGACAUUUGUCUUCUGAGGCUUUCAAAGCCUGUCAAGUUCACCAAGUACAUCCAACCAAUCUGCUUAGCUUCUGAAACCAGCGAUAUCCAUGACGGGAAAAAGGCCUGGGUUACUGGUUUUGGUGUGACUGCAACUGGAUCAUCAUCCAACAAGUUGAAGGAGGUAGAUGUACCAAUUAUUGGAAGAAAGAGGUGUAGAUGCUACUAUAAACAGACUGCCUCAAUCACAGACAACAUGAUAUGUGCUGGAUAUUUUGAUGGAAGAAAGGACUCAUGUCAGGGAGACUCAGGGGGCCCACUAAUGAUAAAAAAGGGCCGCAAGUGGGUCCAGGCUGGGAUCGUGAGCAUGGGUGAAGGCUGUGCCCUCCCACUGUCACCUGGAGUCUACACUCGAGUGUCCCAGUAUGAGACUUGGAUCAAAGACAUGGUCACUGGCACGACACCGGGCUUUGUCACCUUCACUUCUCCUGGCAUUGACAAGGAUUUAAGUUACUUUUGUCACCUCAAUGGGACGGUUGACGAGAAAUCUUUUGGUGGUGGUGAAAACCUGAGUCCUUUCAAUCACUCAUUGGCGUUCUCUGUUCUUGCAACAUUUCUCCAUGUAUUUUUUGGCAAAGAAUACAUUUAAAUACACAGUGA